AUGAGGCCGCAACAGAAUGGUGGAGAUGAUGGCUUUGAUGAGCCCGAGGUGCACCGUAAAAUAUUCAUCGGUGGCUUGAACUAUAGAACCACUGAUGAGUCACUUAAGUCUCAUUUUGAAAAAUGGGGUGAAAUUGUUGAUGUCGUCGUUAUGAAAGAUCCUAAAACGAAGAGGUCGCGCGGCUUUGGUUUUAUCACCUAUUCCAAAGCGCACAUGGUUGAUGAUGCGCAAAACAACAGACCGCAUCGCAUUGAUGGCCGUGUUGUGGAAACCAAGCGUGCUGUAGCCCGACAAGACAUCAAAAACCCUGAGGCCGGUGCCACUGUGAAGAAACUGUUUAUUGGUGGUAUUAAAGAUGAUCAUGAUGAUGAACAACUUAGGGAGUACUUUUCCAGCUAUGGAAAUGUCCAGAAUGUCAGCAUUGUAACUGACAAGAGUACGGGAAAGAAACGUGGUUUUGGAUUUGUGGAAUUUGAUGAUUAUGAUCCUGUUGAUAAAGUCUGCUUAAAUGGUCCACACAAAAUAAAUGGCAAACAACUGGAUGUCAAGAAAGCUCUGCCAAAAGAUGGUGCCGACCAACGUGGUGGUGGUAGACAGGGACCAGGUGGUCGUAAUGAUAACUGGGGCAAUGGAGGAGGUUAUGGUGGUGGCAACCAAGGAGGAUGGAACAAUUCUAAUCCUUGGGAUAACAACCAAGGAGUUGGUUGGGGUGGCAACCAAGGUGGUGGUGGUGGCGGCGGCUACGGAGGCGGUGGCAAUGGCCGCGGGGGUUGGGGCAACCAAGAUUUUGGCAACUACAGCCAACAGACAUACAGUGGUGGACCCACUAGGAACCAACAAUAUGGUGGCAACAACCGUGCCGCUCCCUACAACAUGAACCAGGGUGGUGGUGGCGGCGGUGGCGGCUAUGGCAGCGGCGGCGGUGGCAACUACGGAGGAGGCCAGGGCCGAGGAGGUCGUUUCUAA